GCAGGUCAGCUACAGCCUGUGUCGUCGUCUCCCUACGGACCAUGUGAGCGGGCAGCUUCAAUUCAGAGUGGAUAUCACCUCCACUGGACAUGAAGAAGCGUCACCAGAUGCUGUUGGAACAAUCUUAGGCAGCGCUGUGAACGGUGACCCCGGCAGUCCCUCAGAUGACGAGGACCUCCCUCAUCCAUCCACUUCCUCGCGUGUUGCAUAUGAACCUUCUCCCACAGGAUCUGAUGAGGGCUCCCUGAUAGUUAAUGGUGCUUGUUACUAUGGUGAUGACAGCGUGUGGCGGGAUCCAGGGCAGAUGGGAGAGGAGGAUCUGCUGGCUGUGGCCCUGGGCGGCCACACUCACAGGCAGGUGUCACUCAAUGACUACCUGGAUGCCAUUGAGGCUCCCAGGAGCCCCGGGGACCGUCCUCUGGCUGGGCCUUCGCCGAAACUGCGCUCUAGCUUUCCAACGGACACGCGACUAAAUGCCAUGCUGCACAUAGACUCUGAUGAGGAUGAGGAGACGGCGGGGCAGCACAGGGAGCAAUCACAGGAGACGAGGACGCAGCAGAGUACAGACUUAUCGACAAGAUCGGCUGCAUCUGCGUCUCAACAGGGGAACGAGGGUUCAAAAGAAGAGCCACAGGGCCAUACUGGAGCUGGGACUGAGCCCGGAGCAGGGGCCACAACAGAGGCAGGCUCCUCUGCCAGUGGUCAGCCUGGAACAAACCCUGCAGGGGCCGAAUCUGGAGCUGGAGUUACAGAAAGUGCCGUGCAAACACAGGUAGGAGCGUCAGCCGCAGCUGAGACUGAAGCUGGCACUGGAGAGGCUCCUGGAGCAUCAAGGGAGGCUUCAGGAGAAAGCGCCACAGCUCCCAGCUCAUGUCAGGCAUCAGGGGCUGAGGCAGCUGCAGCGGCUGGGCCCGGGGAGUCUGUAAGGGAGUGUACCUGUCAGGAGCAGAGUAGCAGGAUGGGUGCAAACCAAGAAGUAUCCCUCACUCCCUCACUGGGUCCACUUUCACCCAUUCAGGAGGUGGAGACAAGAAAAGAAUUGGCUCCGAAAGCGGAGGAGGAAGGGGAGUCAUCAAGCAGCGAGGCGAACGGACCAGUAGCAGCAGCUGCUCCUACGAGCAGUGUCAUAGCUGAUCGAGGAGAAGGGGCUUCUGAAAUUGGAGCAAGUGCCACUGUCAGGAGCAGUCAGGAAGAGGAGGAGGAGGGGGAGGUGUGGAGGAGGAGGCAGUCCAUGCAAGCGUGUGGAGGUGUGGCCCAAAACCAGGAGGUGGGCUCGGCCAGGGAGAGUCAGAACGGGUCAGGGGGGGUGGAGAGAGAGACAG